GUGAGCAGGGUCUGUGCAGGCUAAGUCUAAAAAAGGAAAAAGUGAAUGUGAGAGGGAAAAAAACCGCGCAUGGACGUUCAAAUCAGUGGGAGGAUGCUUGGAUGUUUAAUGGGAAAAAGAAGACCUCUCCCCCUUAAGGGACAAAACGAGGCCGAUGAACUUGCAUAUAAACGUUUUAAGACGUGCAUCAUUCAGGGAAGCAGUAGAGGAGGUCCAGCUGCGAGUACACCACUGCCCUCUGGGCGGCGCUGUAACCCUCGCAUUGAGUUUGACACAGUCUGUCAGAGGCUGGAGCUAGAAUCUUCACCCAGAGACCCCAAGCAGGCACAAGAUGUCCCACAGACACACAUGCAAGAUUUACAGACGUCUGUGUCUUCACCUCAACAACAUUCUAUUACAGUCAGAAGAUCGUCCGACACAGAAACAUAUAAGAAAGUGCAGUGGAUUUGGAGAGCAGCAGUUCAGCCACAUGACAGUUCCCAACAAGCUGAUUCUAAUGAGAGAAAACCAGAUUUGAAGCCCUUUGCCAAUAUGAAUGUACAAGGAAUGGCACAGAGGACUUUAUGGGCACCAUCCCUGCUGAAUGACUACUACACCAAUCUUCUUGACUGCAGUUGUGAUGGAAUGAUUGCAUUAGCGCUUGGUUCUACUGUUUAUCUCUGGAACUCAGAAACUCGUGCCCUGGUGGGACACUUCCAGCCGAGUCUAGAACCCGGGUCACCUCGCUGCAGGACUCACACCAUCUCCUGUCUGAGCUGGAGCGGUGAUGGCAGAACUCUCUGCACAGGGAACAGACGAGGGGAGAUACAAUUGUGGGAUGUUGACCACAAGCAGAGCAUGUGGUGUUUUAAGUCACACCUGUCUGUGGUGGGAGCCGUUUCUUGGAAACAGCGAUUACUAAGCAGUGGCUCCACUCUUGGACACAUACAUCACCUAGACCCCCGGGCCCCAUCUCCUGUUUUAGGUGCAGCCUUCCAGGAGGAGGGAAUAUGUAGCCUGGAGUGGUCGCCAGGAAAUGAAUUACUUGCCAGUGGCUCCAAAGAGGGGCUUCUUCAUAUUUGGGAGGGGGAUGUAGCAGGGAUCAAAACACCUUGCAAGCCAGUUAUAUCAAUGAAACAGCCGAGCUCUGUAAAGGCAUUAGGAUGGUGUCCAUGGCAGAGAAAAGUAAUAGCUACAGGAGGAGGGUGGAAGGAUGGACAGCUCAGAAUCUGGGACACACAAUCAGGGUCUUGUUUGAAGUCCAUAAACACCAAUUCACAGAUCUGUUGUCUCAGAUGGGCUGAAAAAAGAAGAUAUUUAAUCACAGGUCAUGGACUUCCUCAUAACCUUAUCACCUCUUGGAGUUGGGAAUUUCCCUCCCUAAGCCCAAUGCACCAACUGACAGGUCAUUCACAACGAGCUCUGCACUUGGCAAUAAACCCUGACAACACUAACAUCUUCUCAGCUGGAGCAGACCAGAGGUUCUGUCUCUGGGAUCUAUAGUUCCAUCCUUCCAUCCCUUAUCUGACAAGCUUUAUCCUGAGUGGGGUUGCAAGGGGUGCUGGUGCCUAUCUCCAGCUGUCUACGGGUGAGAGGCAGGGUACACCCAGGACAGGUCGCCAGUGGAUCUAUAGUUAAAGAUGAGAAAAACGGCGAGGUGGUUUCAAGACUGAGAAAGCUGAUAUAGACCACCAGAUAUAUUUUUUUAAUCGAUUGCCUCUGGAAAUUAGAAGGGGAGAAAAUGGAUCAGAUGGUGGGAUAGUAGAUAUUUUUAAGGCAGAAUCUUUUAUUGUCAAAGAAAAUCAGCUGGGAGGAAAGUAUAGGGUAAAUUGGAAAAAAUAAAAGUUUACAAGAGUUUGAUUGGCUGUUUAUUUUGAGGGUGUUAGAACAAAAUGAGGAGGGAGAGGAAAACAUAGUGUAGAUCGGAUUCAUAGAUGCAAUGGGAAAUGAAAACAUGUCAGUAAAUCAUUUUGUUGGCAAUUGUGUUUUUCUCUCUUGACCUCCACAUUUGUAUUGGAAAUGUUGCACAUUGACAGCUCAUCUUUCCAAUUUUCGACUUACAUAUUUCGACCCAAAAACAAUGUCACAAGAAAGAAAAAGCAUCCCUUAUUUUUUUACUGUUAAUUAAUAUUUAUAUAGAGUAAUUUGUUCUAAGCAUGUUUAACCUGCUGCUACAUAAAAUGACAAAUUAUUAUUUUUUUUGUUCACCUACAUAGAUAAAAUCUCAUAAACCCCAAAGUUUUUUGGAUAAUUCAAAAAUAUCUGGGGACCUGUUAUUACCAAAUGUAACCAUGGGGUUUGUCUGUCUUCCUGCUGCUGUACUCUAUCAACUUAUAUCCUGUUAUAUUCAAUACAUUUGAAUAGUGGUGAUAAGUUUAGUAAUUUCAGUAACUCAGUUUCUAAUUGCUCUCUGCCUUUGGGGUUAUUUUGUUAUUUCUAUGUUGUUGAGAGAAACUCAAACAACUACACAGCAUCAGAGAACAAAAGAGAGCAGUAAAAAACUCCAAAUCACAGAAUCUACAGUUUUAACAGUUUUAAUUUUAUUGACAGCUCCCACAGCUAAAACAGACCUGACAUCUAAGAGCUGCAAACUGGCAUGCACGCAGCUGUUUUUUCUUCUUCUUUUUUUUUUCCUGGUUGCUUGAAAUAUGCUGCGAAUAAACUGGGGAUUAAAGUUGUGUUUAUUCUGUGUAUGCAGGUAUGAUUAAAAACAAUAUUUGACAGAGACUUGACUGUUUUCUGACUUGGCCUUUUUAAAAUGACUAACUUUGUUAAUAACUGACUUUGGCUCUCAUUGACAGAAUUUAAUAGCAAACCAAAGCUAUGGCACAACCCCUCACACAUUGAAAUGCAAAAAAUUGUGAAAAUAAUUGCAAGUGGGAAGGACAAGCCAAGAAAACUGUACAAUUUGCAAAAAGACACUUUAAAGGAACAAAAACAAAGCUUCUUCUAUGUGUAUAAGUGUUGCCAAGGUGAUGUAAAUAUUGUCUUUAAGACAUUGUUAACAAAGAAACCUGCAAUGAUGAUAGCAGACUAGUGUUUACCCUGAUUAGUUAAACUGGAAGCUCAAACUGAAAUGAAAAGUAUG